CCGUCGCUCAUUUCCGGGAGAGCCGGGCGCCCUGGCCACCGCCCGCUUGCAGCUGCCAGCCCGCUAGGGCCGCGGAGCCUGUGAGCGCGCAGGCCAGGCCGCAGUCUAGCGUCUGCGCAGCUCGGGCCACCGCCCGCCACCAUGGGGGCGUCGGGGCGACUGCUGCGCGUCGUGAUCAUGGGGGCCCCGGGCUCCGGCAAGGGCACGGUGUCGUCACGCAUCACCAAACACUUCGAGCUGAAGCACCUCUCCAGCGGGGACCUGCUCCGCCAGAACAUGCUGCAGGGCACAGAAAUCGGAGUGUUGGCGAAGACGUUCAUUGACCAAGGAAAGCUCAUCCCAGAUGACGUCAUGACCCGGCUGGCUCUCCAUGAGCUGAAAAACCUGACCCAGUGUAGCUGGCUGUUGGACGGAUUUCCAAGGACACUUCCUCAGGCAGAAGCCCUGGAUAAAGUUUAUCAGAUAGACACAGUGAUAAAUCUCAAUGUGCCCUUUGAGGUCAUUAAACAGCGCCUUACUGCUCGCUGGAUACAUCCUGCCAGUGGCCGAGUGUACAACAUAGAAUUCAACCCUCCCAAGACUGUGGGCAUUGACGACCUGACGGGAGAACCUCUGAUUCAGCGUGAGGAUGACAAACCAGAGACAGUGAUCAAGAGACUAAAGGCGUAUGAAGCCCAGACAGAGCCAGUCCUGCAGUAUUACCAGAAAAAAGGAGUGUUGGAAACAUUCUCCGGAACAGAAACCAACAAGAUCUGGCCCCAUGUAUACUCCUUCCUACAGACAAAAGUUCCAGAAACUAUCCAAAAAGCCUCUGUUACUCCCUGAGGAGGGCAGCGAUUGGAAGGAUAAAGCAGGGCCACCUCUCCUCGCCUCUGGUGUAUUUCAAAGCUCUUUUCCCAAGACUUCUCUAAAAAUUGUGAUUUACUCCUAAUGGCUGUGCCAAAUAAGUCAGAUAGUUAGCCUGAUCUGUUAAAAUAGCCUCAUAUGUUUAAUCUAGGAUCUAGUUGCCUUCUGUGGAUGUACAAUUUGAAAAUGUCAGAGAUGUUGAAACAAACUCAGAGCACAAUUAAAAGAGCAACUGGUAAUCAUCUAGCCUUCUGUUAGUCAAGGUGGUUGAUCACAUUUUCAUGUUUUUCUGGAAAAGUUAAAAAAAUUUACGUAUCACUCCAGGCAGAUGAAUAUCUCAUUGGAGCCUUUGCAAGCCAUGCCCACUGCAAUGCAGAAAGCCAUUCCUAGCCCAAGGGGACAUGGUGUCAGGAGACACUGUCUGUAGGUUCCAAGAAGAAGUCAAUGCGGCUAAAGAUGUUGCUAGAUGCAAACUCACUGCUGCCUUUACAGGAAAAGCUGAGGCAUAGGCCACCAUGCAGCGUGUCCUCUAGUUAUUCAGUCUGUAUGAAAAUGCGGCCACCGGCACUUAGGAACACGGGACUUGGCUAUGGAUUGUCUUCUUUUUCAAACACACAUGGACUGAAAUAUAUGCUUUAUGUUAACUGACUUCAGUUCUAGGAGGAGCACUGGAAACUGACAAUGGAAUUAAGUCCCAAGUUCUCACAUGUCACUCAGGUUGAGGACCAUGUUUUAGGACCUACCUGUUUGUUUCCCUCUUUGAUCCAAAUGGACUGUCUACCUUGAUGAUCAAGAUAGUGAACAGAAAACUAAAGGGUAAUACACAGCACCCAUGGGAGAUUGCCACUGUGGAAGUAGAUGGGACAUGCCGGGGACAGCCCCUUGACAGAAAGAUCAAGCAACUAUCAGGUGUAGUAACGGAAGGUCUUUGCCCAGUGGGUUCCAAUGCACUGUAAGGGCUCCCUUAAGGACAUUUGUACCUGUGCUGAAGUUCUAAAUUAAAGCUCCUCUUGUCUCAGCCUCUCUCAAGUGCUGGGACCACUGUGUGAUACAACUUCCCACCCCACUUUACAGAGAAACAACUCUCCCGGUACCAUCUGAGCAGCCUCCUCCUCUGCCUACAGCACUACAGCCUGCGUGAUGGGCAGGCAUCCUACACUGUGCUUGAUCUCUAGCCUUUUGUUGCUGCUGUUGUAGUGGGCGUUGGUUGUUCAGUUUUGUUUCAACAGGAUCUCACUGUGUAGUUGUCUUUAUGAACUAUGUAGACAGGCUGGCUUCAAACUUGCAGAGAUCACCUGUUUCUGCCUCCCAAGCGCUGAGGUUUAAGGUAUGCACCACCAUCACGCCUAGCCAGAGCCCUUAGUGUUUGAGGCAGAGUCUUACUAUGUAGCCCAGGCUGGCUUGAGAUUAUUAUAUAGUCCAAGCUGGCCUCACAGUCAUGGUCCUCUUGUUUUAGUCUCCUGAGUGCUUAAAUUACAGGUGUGUACCACUAACUAAACCAACCCUGAGAACACAUUUUGGAAUGUCAGUCACUUUAGAUUCCUUAAUGGGACAAGGACCCACCCUUACAUAAUGUGGCCUGAAGGGACAAAAUAUGAUAAGUUCAAUAAAAAGACAAUUCCCCUUUCAGGAAGAUGUUCUCUUAUCUUACUUGGUGCUAAAUCAAAGAAUCAAGUCUUUAUUCGAGCCUUUGAAAUUUUGGCCUACUUUAUUUCAGACAGCAAAUGGUUCCUAUAUAUAUGGGAGUGGGAAGAAGUCUCUGAUUUUUAAAUUUCACUGUUGAUCUUUCAAAAUAGAGUAGGCCUUAGGAUUACAAUGAAUAUCUUGUGCCAUGUCAAUGUUUUUCUACUGCCUUAUCUGGAUGUUGAUAAACACUUUCUAAAAACUGUUGUGAAUUACCUAAACCUAGGACUGAUCAGCAGGUGAUGAUAUCAGCACUGUGGCUGUUGCCCUUUGCCCCUGGCCCUUCAGAGGCCCUCAACUCCCCCUUCCUGUCUGCUGCCACCAUGUCUUACUGGCUUCUUUCUAAUAAAUGGUCUUCAAACAAUA